AUCUCUUGCAACUUAUUCGUACACCAAAAGUUUAUCACAACUUGGAUUUUCCUGGCCAUCGUAGGCCCUCUACGAAAUGGCACCGCCGCCCGUUACACAAGCUCCGUCCCGGUUCCUACUCUCAAAGAGGCAGUCGCAACCCCAGUCUCAAUCUCAUUUUCAGUCUCAAAACCCAACUCCCAGAAACCAGCAACAAGAACAAAACCUACCCGCGCAAAAUGCCGGCGCACUCGUAGGGACGACCAAGUUCCAAGCCACGCCCCGUUUCUCGUCAACCGCCACACCCCGGCCCUCGUCGAACCACGCCCUCACUCAGCCGCUCGCCAUUAAGACGAGGACCUCGAGCGCGCGGCCCGCUACGCAGCACCCGGACAUCAUCGACGACAGCUCCCCCGUCUCGCCGUCGGCCUCCCCCACCGGCAGGAUUUUAUCUCUGCCCGAGCCCAUCGAGUUUGACUCGUCGCUCGAUUACCGCGAGCCCGGCUCCGGCCGCAACCCCAAGCGCCGCCGCAUCUCCAUCGCGUCCUCGGCCGUGGACGCUGAUGCCGAGGCCGAUGCCAACGUGGUGAUUACCAGCAGCUCCCAGUUGUCAUCGCCACCCCCGCUAGAUGUUGCCGUCGACGACGACGACGACGACGAGGCCGAAGACCGCAUCCUCUCAAGCCUGUCAGACGACGACGGCGGCGGCGGCAGCGGCAAUGAUGAUGGUGACGAUGCAGAAGGCGCUAUAAUGGCUGACAUUGACUCCCUGGGCGCCACUUCAAGCAGAUAUCUCAGCUCUCUUAGCCACCAUGACGAUGACGAUGACGACGGCAGCGGCGGCGGCAGCGACUCCGACCCCGACCCCGACUCUUCUUCACUAGACGAGGACGCUAGGGCACCCUUCCAAGACCACAGCCACCCGACCUUCCUCCGAGCCCCGCGCUUCAGAGCCACCGCCGCCCCUGACCAAGGCCAUCACCCCCAGCACCGCAACCACUCUGUGCCGGACCAGCUGCUGCCUGAGAUCUUCUCGCCCCAGCGCCGCGGCGGCGACAAGUACGUGUCUGGUGGGCUGGCCGCCGAGCUGCGCGACUGGCUGGUCGGGAUCAAGCGGUCCGAGUUCGUAGACGACGACGACGACGACGACGACGACGCCGGCGGCCGCAGCGGCCGCGGCGAGCAGAAGCAACCGGCCGCGGCGGCAGCUGUGCGGGUGGGGAUCGACAAAGUGCAUCCCGGCGGGCCGGGGCUGACUCUGGUCGCGGGGCGGGUCCUUCCCGCAGGCGGCGGCGGCGGCGGCGGCAGCAGCAACGUCGUCCAUGCCAUCUUGGCUGGGGAGGGCCGCCACCCUGAAGGGCUCAACACCGCCAGCGGUAGCAGCAGCAGAAGCAGCAGUAGUCAUGGCGUCGUCACUCCUGGCGCUGUCGUGGCAAUUUCGCCCCCGGCUUGGGACGUGGAGCUGCUCCAUCGCCGCUGGGCCGUGGCCUACCGCUGGAAGGUGGCAGGGAGGGAUCCUGCGGGUGGUGGUGGCGGCGGUGGUGGCUAGCUAGGAUUUCUUUUGAGAGCCUGUGUUUUCGUGAGCCUUGUGUGAGAUACCAAACUCUUCAAAGAGCUAUUUUCGUCUAUAAACUGUGAAGAUUUGCGCGGCACGGUACCGUGACGGGCUUCUGUCCAUAGCAGGGUGUAGACUUUGCGAUACCACUGGGAUAGGGGCACACGGUAGCGUGCAUCGCUUGGAUUGGCUGAGAUAUGCAUAAACCGUGCAUAUGCUUAUCCAAAGAACCUGCUGCGUGUCAUAGACUUGGCUUAAAUGGCAUUCUGUUAGCAAACAACUGUUAUUUCACUUCUUCCCAGUGUUAGUCCAUUGUCACAGCAGCAACCUUCGCAAGGAGAGCAGGAAAGCUAGCCUUGUAAAGCCUGCCUACUUUAGAUUAAAGCAGUAAGCGUGAACUAUUUG